AUGUUUCUCUCUGCCAUCCGCCGUUCGAGUGCUCUUCUCAAGUCGUUCAAGCCACUCCAUGACCGUGUUCUUGUUGAGCGUGUCGCCGCGGAGACCAAGACCAAGGGAGGAAUCAUGCUUCCAGAAAAGUCACAGGGAAAGGUUUUGGAAGCCACGGUUGUUUCUGCUGGACCAGGAUCUCGCAAUGAGAAGGGAGAGCUUGUUGCUCUUUCCGUGAAACCAGGAGACCGUGUUCUUCUUCCAGAGUACGGGGGCACAAAGGUUAUUGUCGAUGACAAGGAAUAUUCAAUUUUCCGCGAGUCCGAUCUUCUGGGAGUCUUCCAGUAA